CGAGGCGAUCUACUUACUACUGUCCAUGUGGUCGCUGGAGAUGCGUUUGCUACUACUGAUUAAGUCUUUGUCUUGAUCGCGUAUUAUCGGGAAGCAAAGAAACUAUGGCUUAUGGAGAGAGAAGAUCAUCGAUCUUGGAUUCAUUCUCGCUCUCGCCUCUACCGUAUCCAGUUCUUUUGAUCCUAGCCGUGGCUUCUGUCUUCUUGUUAACGUCAUGGUACUUCAGCUUCGAAGAAGCAGCCGAAUCCGCGGAAGAGCAGAUGAAUCUUGCUCUCCUCUUGAUCCCUCUGUUUCUCAUAGUAUUGGUACGGUGGCUCUCUUCCAUGGAGAACCCUGACGCGCUUCUUGGCAUGUUUUCGAGCAGCCGUGGUGGUAGGGCGACUUACGUGAGUCCCGGUGCCGGAGAUGAAGGUGGAAGCUCGCCGUGGGGAGUGGCGGCGUUGAUAGUUUUGUUGCUAGUUUUGCUUCAGUAUCAGUCAAGUUUCUUGGAGAGGUGGUUUGGUUAAAUGAUAAUGUCAUAAUGAUGAUGAUAUUGAUAGGCUCUUUCACAUGUUACUUGGUUGUUGUCGUCUAGUGUCACGAUGAUGUAUACAAAAUUUGGUCAUUUACUCCGAGGAUGAGGAUCGUGUGACUUGUGUUAUAUCCCAUGUAUCUUCUUCUUCUCUCUU